UUUGUUCAUUUAAAUUUCCCCAGCACAUAACUUAUGGGUUUUAAUAUACUGCUAUCGUCAUAGACGCUCACAAAGGCUCUGCUUUGUCAGCUGUGGCUUCUGUUAAAAAGGUUAUCAGUACUUCAUCUUUAGAAGUGCUUGUGAUCAAAGAGAAGAUUUAGGGCAGCACAACUGAGUGGCUUAAAUUACAUUUAACCAGAGGAACAGAAAAAAUGUGAGGGAAAAUGCACCUCUGCAUAAGUUUUUGUGGUUUAAAGCUGUUGUGCACUGAACAGAAUAACCAGUGUUUUAGUGUUUUGCAUCUAAAUGGCACUUAACAAAUAAAGAUAAGCUUUGGACUUUGGACCUUUCAUACAUGCUUUAUAUCAGGACAGUAUUCAAAACACUUUGAAUCUAAAGCCAUUAACAGAACUGCCAUACUGAACAAUGCAUGUAACAAGUGCUUUUAUAGGAUGGCUCUUGUUCUUAGAGAAGGAAGUGAAUCAGACCUUUUCAAGUGAUGAUGGGGAGGUCGUUCUUGGGACAUCCUCCUCCUACUGUGUUUUGUAUCUCAUCUCCUCCAGUAGCAGACAAUGCUGGGCUGGUUGAGCUUGUGACAAAACUGAGUGCUUUUGGAAGACCUGAUUUCACCUCAUCACACUGCAGAAAAGGGAAGGACAUGAAUCUGUCUGUUCCAGGGCUCUGGGAAAACAUCUCCUGUUCAGGCCUCAAUAACACGUAUGACUUCAAACGCCUAGUGUACCCUACAGCGUACAUUCUGAUUUUUGUCCUCGGACUGGUCGGCCACUCUUUAUCUCUCUGCGUCUUCUUCAGCCAAUGGAGGACCCAGAAGAGUUUCACUCCAGUUACCCUGUUAAUGCUUAACCUGUUGGCCUCAGACCUGAUGCUGGUGUGCUCUUUGCCCCUGAGGAUCACUUACUACAUGCAGAACUCUCAAUGGCUGUUCGGUCACGUCGCCUGUCGACUCAUUUUGUACGUGUAUUAUCUCAACAUGUACAGCUCAGUGUAUUUCCUAGUUGCCCUGAACGUCUUGCGUUACCUGGCGCUGGCACGGCCGUACUUGUACGUACGCAUACAGACCCACUACGUCACGGGUAUCGUGUGUUGCCUCAUUUGGGUCUUGAUGGGUUUAGCCUGCUGUCCGCUGUUGUUCACUAAGAAAAGACUUCAAGAUGAGGGCAGUUCUCGAUGCUUGGAGUUGGCGGUGGACAACGUGGACCAAUUGCUCCUCAUCAACAAUGUCACGUUUCCAGUGGGCUUUGUGGUGCCCUUGGUGGUCAUCCUUUUCUGCUCUGUCUUCGUCGCAAAGAAUCUUCUGAGGCCAAGCCCUGCACUAGGCAGGACCAGACCUUGCAGGAAGAAGGCGUGCGCUCUGGUCAUCAUCAGCCUUGGGAUCUUUCUGGUGUGCUUUUUGCCUUAUCACGUAGUGCGGACGAUCUUCUUAUCAGCUGAGAAGCAUGUCAAGAUGAACGGAUACGGAGACUCGUGUGACUAUAUUUUGGUAGUCCGCAAGGCUGCUGUUGUAGCGCAUUGUUUGUGUACAGCUAACAGUUGUCUGGACCCUAUCCUUUUCUUCUUCGCUGGGGAAAAUUCCCGAUCUUUCUUCGCUAAAUGGACAGGAGGAAGAAAAAGUAGCGCUUGUGCUCCAGGGAGAAACCCACAGCAGGAAGAGUUACAGGUUUUACAGAACUAAAUGAAAUAAGGCUUGACAGAUAACAAAGAACAGACCAGAAGUACCUCAUUCUUCUGGGUACUUCAGAAAUAGAUAUACAACAUGAGAAGGUCAUAUGUUUUGACUGACUGGCCUUUUAAGAUUUAGGAUUUUCAAGCAUCAAGUGUUUGAUACUUACGACUGAUAAUGCCCAAACGUGACGCAUCAGAGAUAGUUGCGUUCAGUCGAUGUUCACACAGUUGGUGUUUAAAAUCUGCUGCACUCGUCGGAAACUCUGUAAAAGUCUUAGAAUGUUUCAGCUUGUCGUUAAGUGUCUCCCCAGCAUUAGGGACGCUUAAACUGACAGUGUUUAAAGGAAUCUUCUGGGCUCGUUACAAGUUAAGCUCAAUCGAUAUAAUUUUGAUUACCACAUGAAUUAUGACUUUCCUUAAUUUUUCUUUAAAAAAAGCUUAAUUCUUGUUUAUUACUUGGCAAUGGAAGUGAAUGAGGCUAAUUUAACAUGAUUCAAUAGCUAUGAAUGAAAGAGCUGUGUAAAGAAAAUUUGGACAACUUUAUCACCUUUACACAGCAAUGCCAUAAACCCUAAAAUUACCAUAAUAAUUACGAGAACAACUUUACAGCUCAAAUAAGUUUUAACAAAAGUAUAAACAUGAUUUUAUAUAAUUAAAAGCUUUAAAUCCUUUUGGCCUGAUUGUCACCACAAAGAUUGGGGAACUCUAGAUGCAGCUAAGUUGCAUGCACAAAUAGUGUAGUAUUGUAAAAUUACGAUUUACUGCACCUUCCAAGAUUGAAUUAAAGCUUGAAAAAGCAAAACACACCUGAUGCAGAUUGAUUAUUCAUCAUUUUGUAGAAGUAGAG